ACCCACUUGAUAUCUUUUGCUUUUAGGUUGGUGAUAAGGUGAUGGUGCUGGCCAGGGCAGGGCUCUGGCAGGAAGUAGUGACUGUACCCGCCAAUCAAACUUUCCUGAUGCCCGAGGGAAUGAGCUUUGAGGAAGCAGCUGCCUUUCUAGUCAACUACAUCACUGCAUAUAUGAUUCUCUUUGACUUUGGGAACCUGAGACCCAACCAGAGUGUCCUCAUCCACAUGGCUGCAGGUGGUGUGGGAACAGCAGCCAUUCAGCUCUGCAAGACGGUGGAGAAUGUUACCAUAUUUGGCACUGCAUCAGCCUCCAAGCACGACUCCCUCAGAGAGAGUGGAGUUACUCACCCAAUUGAUUACAGGACAAUGGAUUAUGUGGAGGAGGUCCGAAAAAUAUCUCCAAAAGGUGUCGACAUUGUCUUGGACCCUCUGGGAGGAUCAGAUACUUCCAAAGCAUUUAACCUCCUGAAACCAAUGGGCAAGCUCAUAACCUAUGGGGUGGCAAACCUGCUCACUGGGCAGAGGAAGAACCUUAUGGCCAUGGCUAAAACCUGGUGGAACCAGUUCAGCAUUAAUGCCCUGCAGCUCCUGCACCAUAACAAGGCUGUGUGUGGUUACCACUUGGGCUACAUGGAUGAAGAAUCUGACCUUAUUGCUGGUGUUGUAGCCAAGCUGGUUAGUCUGUACAACCAGGGCAAAAUCAAACCCAAAAUAGACUCCGUGUGGCCCUUUGAGCAGGUGGCAGAUGCCAUGAGGCAGAUGCAAGAGAAGAAGAAUAUUGGGAAAGUUGUCCUAGUUCCUGAAGUGCUGAAGGAGGAAUCCAAGAAAGAAGAAAACUAAAACCAAGAGGCCUGUCUGCAGGUUGUGAACUUGUGGUUUAACUCCCUGGCCCUCCUGGGACCUGGGAAUGGACAGAUCAGUUGCUGCCAUCUUCACCAUUUAGUCUUGAACUGUGUGCACCUGUCAUUGCCAACCUCUCCCCAGGUGUGACAGUAACAUUAGAGCCCAUGUCCCUCCCCAUCCUUCUGCUUGAAUGCCUGCUCUCACCUGCAGUUUCUGAUUGUUAUUUUCUUUCCCAAAUUCCAGACAAAAUUACUUCCCUUUGGCAAUACCUCUCUGGCCUCCAGGCAAUCGGUGACUAACGGUUGCAUAGUAUGUCACUGUAAAGCGUAAAUGCAAAUUGUUAUAGCAACCAUUGACUGUCUCCAUAGAAACUGAGCCCUUGCUGGAGCUUUUACCCUGCUGCCUCCAAGAGGCAUGUUUGACUGAUGAAUGUGCCAAAUUGUAGAUGCUUUUUAAUGAAAUUGCUAGAGAAAAAUUGCCUCAGCUCUUGCAUUAUUCUAACACUGGUUAUUUCUUUAGUUACACUUGCCAUGAGACACUUGCCUGCCUUUGCCCCCUUUUUCCUAGGCCUUUAAAGCUAGUGAUUUAAAAGACACAUUGGGCUGUUUUCCUAAAAGGCGUAGCAUCUCCAUUCUGGUCACACUAGUUUAAUUUGCAGCUCCUUCUCUUUGCAGGCUGCCUGUAACCUGAGGAGAAGUUGGCCUGGUGCUUCGUGAAUACUAAAGCGACAUUGCGGUUAAACCAUUUGAUCUUGUCCAUUUUCUGAUCCCAACAGUUAGGGAAGGUCUAAACCAAUUCUAUGCUAAAAUCUGGGUUUGGAGACCAUAAGGACUCAACUGUGUCUCAGAAAUGACUGGAACAAUUCAUGUUGGCUCUGUGUGCUUUAUUAAUGUUGGACUCCGAAUUGAUAACCUUCAGGCUAAGUUUCACCCUUGUGUUUUGUAAUUGCCAAGGGCUGCAGUGUGAAAACAAAUGUCUGCAAGAUGAGGCAAAAUAAGCCUCUGUUUACCCUUGCUUCUGUUUUGUGUGUGCUGCAUGCUGGUGGGAGGGGGACAUGGUUGCCCUGGAAGUGAGCAAACCAACAGAAACGAAUAACCUAUCGUGCCAGAAACGUGGGGCUGGUGCUCUGCGCACUGAUUCAUCUCCAGAGCCAGUGUGCUUGUUGAACGAGCUGUACAGUGUUGACAGUUGACUGUCUAGGUUCAGAUCUCAAAACUGCUUGCCCAGGGACUCUUCCUUAAUUAAUCCUGGCUUUUGGCUUGUGCUUACCCAUCCAUUUUGAAUUGGCUCCUCAGAUCUCCAUUAGUCUCAGACCAGCCCCUGAGUCUUUCCUUUUCCAACUUCUGGACUUCAUGGAAGGAUAGUGCUGAAGUGUGUCUUGCCCACUCAAACCAUAAAGUGCCAGUCCUUUUCAUGGUACUCGUAACACUUAGACUUUGGAAGCUGUCCGGGGUGUCUCUUUCCCCAGGAUGAAACCACAGGAUUCCACACCUGAGCAUGCAGAGACCCCUGAAUGUCAGGACAGUUCAGUCUGUGAGCAUUUAGCAGAAGCUUGACCUUGUACAUUGUGCUCUGGCUAGUGCUGCCUCCAGCGCUCUGCUGGUCCUCCUGCCUCAGUCACUCUGUUUCCAGCACUUAGUGCUUGUGUUGCUGUUUGCACUUGCUUUAGCAGUUUGGUUUUCGUCUUAGUUGGUUGUGGAUGUGCAGGAGUUCAGGCUUUGUGUGUAUUCUGGAUCUGACAAGGACAAUGUGAAGCAACAAAAAAUAUCCCACCUUAAGGAGCUCUAGAGUUCCACAUCUGGACACAGGGGCUUAUUGCUUAGAGUCCCAGUUAGCUGAGCUGCUCAAAAAAGAUGGUAUGGCAGAAGCAAACUGCAGCUCUUUUUUUUUUUUUUUAAAAAAAAAAGGAUUCCUCCAUCAGAUUUUUGGGUCUAGCAGCAGCACAAGGAUUGUAGUGUGCAAGUAACAAAGGGACUUCUUCUGUCAGCUAUAUGCUCCUCAGGAUGAUGGUGGUGGUUCACAACACAUUGGUCUUUGCAGCUCUUAUUUUGCAUGCCUAAAUUCAGCUCCCAGCUCUGUUGGCUCCUAGGGCUGCUUUAGGCUUGGGACCCAGAAGGAUUUGCUCUGGUUAAAUGGUUUCAAGUAUUAAAUAGUGCAUUCUGGUUGGAACCUCUAAAAAGAGAACUAUUUGGGAUUCAGCCUGGCUCCUGUUUCAUUCCUUGUGCUCUGGAUUUGUGCCUGCUCAAUGGGUGUGAUGUAAUGGAAUUUGCAAGCACAAUUUCCACCCUCUUCCCCCCAACCAUUCAUUAAUCUAAACUCUUCCUGCUACAUUUUCCCAGCUGAUCAGUUUAAUUUUUCCCUUUUGUCGCAUGCAGUUUUUUACCGUACCCUUCUGAAACUAUAUUCGAACAGUUGUUAGUCGUAAAAAGGAAGGCUCACACUUGCUCCAGCAUCCUGGCUCCUGAGACAAAGGUAGUUGGUCCAAGCUGCACACUGAGCUGCAAAGCUUCAGGUUCUCCACGUUCUUUAAAAGGGGAAAACUUUCAACCUCUUUCUUCUUUUUCUUUUUUUUCUUAUAUAGUAAGUUUUCAUUUUUGGGGGCUCUACCCUAGCAACAAAGAGCACACCCCGUGCCUUACUCCAGAUGGCCUCUGAGGUGGCACUGAAAGGCUUUUGUAGUUUAGUCCCUCUCUUCUGAUACCAUGUGAAGGAAGAAAAUGGGAAUCUGGUAUCUUCCUGUACAACAACUGAUGUAUGCUGCAUCACGACACACCACAGAAAACAGUAUAUCAGUGCCUUUUCUAGACAACUUAUAAGGACUAGCAAGUCACUGAUGCCUUUGCCAUACAGGCCUCUCAAAAUAUUGCCAAAAAUCUAUUAUGAUUCAUCAUAGCUAUGUUUUAUGGUAUACAAGUGACAUGGUUCUACUUACUCUCUGACCCAAUGCUCCUUGUAUGUGUGUUACAGAACUGUGCAGAUUUCUGGAGGUUUGUGCUCCUACAAUCCAGCAGAGUUUAGCAUAAUCAGAUGCCUCACUCCAAAUUGUCUGCCUCUGGCCAAAGGUGACAUUGGCCUGCUUGUGCAUGUUGGUGUAGUAGAUUUCCAAAGUUCAUCCUGCUAAUAAGGUAUUGCUAGCAGUAAGAUCUCCUGGGGUGGAGGGCAGAAGGGUGCUUGCCACCACUAUAGUGGCUCUCUGGAAACUAUCAGGGCUUUCUUGAUUUUUAAUGUAGUUGCUAGUGACUUUUCUACUUAUAAACGUCUGAAGCCCUUUUUACAGUGCGAUUUCUGAAUACUUCUGAGUGGAUAAGGUAUUUUGUGAUAGUUUAGCACUGAUUGUUUUCUGCCCCUCAGUAGCUACAGUAUUUUCUACAGAAAACUAAGAUUAAAUCUAACUUUGCUCUACACUGCCUCACUGACUAAUGCUCUUAGAUUUUAUAGUAGACUUACUUAGUCUUGAGUUUUAUGGAAAAAUAUUCUAUGGGCCAAUAAGUAUAAAACCCACUUUAAACCAACCUUGUUAACAGUGUCUUAACUUGCUAAAGUUAACAGCAGGUUGUUACAUCAAGGACCAAAGCAAAACAUCAUUCCAUUCCAAAGUGUUGGAUUAGAAUGAAGCUUGCUUAAUGGUUCAGGGCAAACUUGUACCAUCUAGCAAAGAGAUGAUUGCUAUGUUUCCUCUUAAAUUGUGUCACUUCAGAAUAGCAGCAAUGCCAAUUUUUAAUGUUUAUUUUUUUUCUAAUUGAUCACUUGUGCCAUACGGAGGAGAAUGACUGUGAGGAGUGAAAGGUCUGAGCAGGGGAGCUGUGCAAGCACUGGUUAAAUCUUCCCUGCUCCCUCCACUCUGCCCUGCUGUAGCUUAGGGUGUGUGCUGCAUGUGGUGUAUGUUAAGUUGCUAAAUCCAAUGGUAAUUCUCUAAUUGUGUGACCAGAACAUCACUGCUCUGUCUGAAACCAAAACUGCCAGUCUGGGACGGUAACCUUAGACGCACGUUGACUUUCUUUGCCAUCACCAGGCAGCUUUAAACAAGUUUUUUGCUGCUUUAAUUUCUUUAUACCGAUCAUUCAUAUUCCAUGGGGGAGAAGGGAGCAGAAAACAACCACUUUUGACUUGCACAGAGACCUGUAGCCACAGCUAAGAAAGAAGAUGCUUUUGAGAUGGGGUAAGGGCUUUUCAGAUACAAGGGAGAAGAGUUUAGCUGCAUAUUUAGUUCAGACCUGCUGUCUGAAGUAGUAAGAGACCAGUGAGGGGCAAAAAGUGUUGUGGGCAUUAGGCUUUAAUGCAAUGAACUGGCCUGCCUGCAGCUCCUAUCAUAGGUGUGAAACCACUACUGUUGCUAAAUGGAGUCUUUGGUGCCCAAAGCACUGGUGAUGGCAAAGGGUGACUGGCAGAUUAGCAUAUGAGCACGGUAAGAUGUGUUACACUUUUUGGCCUCUAAUGACACAUGGUGUGGUCUGUGCCGUCCAAGUCCUGUUGAUUUGCGGAUAUGUGAUACGAGUGGCUCUCGUCCUACAGACACUUCAAAGUCUCUUUGGUGUUUUGAAAAACUAUAUUCCGCUUUGUGCGUGUAACCAAGUUGAACAGAAAGCAAUUUGUGCCAAUGCUGUUCACAUGACUACAACAUGUAAUGCUCCUCUGCCUAAUGUUACCAUAUGCCUUAUGUGUUUCAAAUGUUAAUUAAAAGCAUAACAAAAUCC